AACAUCAUGAGUACAAACAGAAUGCGCAAUGCGCACCCCUGCGCACGAUAACCGGCAAACCGCAAACCGCCUAUCUGCUGAAACAGUGAAGCUGAAACAAGAAGCUUCAUUAGCUUAUAAUGACGUGAUUAAUGGCGGUAUAAUACUCCGACACACUGUUGCUUUCUACACCAAAAGAAGAAGAAGAAGAAGAAGAAGAAGCGGAAGCAGAAUCGAAUACCCAUUGAGCUUAAUUAGCUUUUUCCUCUGUAAAUUACGCUGCUCUCUCUCUCUCUCUCUCUCUCUCUGUGGCCCCGAUUCUUUCUGUUCGGCUGUACUUGCCUCCUGCUUGUUUCUCGGGAAGGUUCCGAGGAUCGGGCGUCGCCCUCAUCAUCUGGUGGGCUGCGAGGUCUUCGCCCCCAUCGUCCGUUUCGGGGGAGAUCUAAUCCCCGCCUUCCCCGCACAGUCUUAGUUGAGCUCGGGCUCGAGUGGACAUUCAUCGGAAGGUGUAAAGAUGGGUGCUUUGUGUUGCUGCGCACGGACUGAUGAUUCCGAAGAGUACGGUUAUCCCGGUAACUCGAUGUACAGAAAUUGCAUAUGCUUGAGAUUCUUCUUCCACCAGCUGUCCACUGGGUAUAGAGGCAUCUUCCAUAGACUUGAAGGACGACCUGUCACUGCUCAAAUCCAAGGAGCUACGUUGUCAUCUUCAGCUAUAAGUUCGCUUCCAGCAGAUAAUUCCAUGAAUGACAGCCAUGGCUCGAUCUCCAGACCUUUGCCUUAUGACUCUGACCCAAGAUACUCUCGCUUACAGCGUGAUGGUUUGGUCUCCAGGCGUGAAAAGGCAAUGUCUCAUUUCCAAGAAGAUACACAACCAAUGAGAAGGAAUCUGAGCAGUUCUGGCAUAGAGGCUCUCGGUCUCGGGAGGAGGAGGAAUGGUGUUGACUCAGAGGAAGAUUGUAAAUUUAGUCUUCUUGAGACCUCCGAGAAGGCUUUGACCACCAAAAGUGCUGAUGGAUUAAUUUACGUGCAACCUUCAUCUGAGGAUGAGGAUCUGUGCCCGACAUGUCUAGAAGAAUAUACUCCGGAAAACCCAAAAAUCACAAUGCGAUGCUCUCACCAUUUUCACCUGGGCUGUAUAUACGAAUGGAUGGAAAGAAGUGAAAGUUGUCCAAUUUGUGGCAAGGAGAUGGAGUUCUGCGAGAGUCCUUAGGUUUACUAUAACUGAUUUCGAAGCAAAGAGAAAUAUACACGGAGCUGGUGGAUGUAGAUAAAGCGGUCCUGCUUGAAAAAAGAUUGGUAUUGUGAAGUGGCGGUCUCGCUUAUCCUUAAAUUUCUUAUAAUUGGAUCUCCAAUUUGGCGCCAUAUUGUGACGUCCUGUAUAGAGAAUCGAAUCUUUGUUGUUUGAUUCCUGUUGUUUCAACUGCUAAAAUGUAUAAGUUUGUGAUGGAUCCCAUGAUUAAUUGUAGAGAAUAAGAUACUUAAUGCUGGUGUUAAUGCAACGAAUUCCCAUAAAUUGCUUGUA